AUGAAGCUGCAAUACAAGGGGGAGAAGCCAUUCCAGCCAGUGGCACAGUUACACUACCCUCAGCCCAAGCUGCUGGAGCAGAGGCCCACAGAGCUGCUGACACUCACACCCUGGUUGGCACCAAUCAUCUCUGAGGGAACCUUUGACCCACUGCUUCUGCAGAACAUCUACCAGCCGCUGAACCUGACCAUUGGGCUCACAGUGUUUGCUGUGGGAAGGUACACCCAUUUCGUCCAGCACUUCCUGGAGUCGGCUGAGGCGUUCUUCAUGCGAGGUUACCGUGUGUACUACUACAUCUUCACCAACGACCUGCAGGCCAUGCCCCAUGUCCCACUGGGCCCUGGCCGGCUCCUCAGCGUCAUCCCCAUCCAGGGUUACUCCCACUGGGAGGAGAUCUCCAUGCGCCGGAUGGAGACCAUCAGCCAGCACAUUGCCAAGAGGGCACACCGUGAGGUGGACUACAUCUUCUGCCUUGAUGUGGACAUGGUGUUCCGGAAUCCAUGGGGCCCUGAGACCUUGGGGGACCUGGUAGCUGCCAUUCACCCAGGCUACUUUGCUGUAUCCCGCCAACACUUUCCCUAUGAACGCAGGCGUGUUUCCACUGCCUUUGUGGAGGACAAUGAGGGGGACUUUUAUUAUGGUGGGGCAGUUUUUGGGGGCCGAGUAGCCAGAGUGUAUGAGUUCACCAGGGGCUGCCACAUGGCCAUCCUAGCAGACAAAGCCAAUGGUAUCAUGGCAGCCUGGCAGGAGGAGAGCCACCUGAAUCGCCGCUUUAUCUCUCACAAGCCCUCCAAGGUGCUGUCCCCUGAGUACCUCUGGGAUGACAGGAAGCCCCAGCCAUCCACCCUGAAGCUGAUCCGCUUUUCAACACUGGACAAGGAUACCAACUGGCUGAGGGGCUGAUAGCAGAGCAAGGGCUACCACAUACCGUGACCAAAAGCCCAGCAGCCA